AUGCUCUCUCGCCUGACGCUCUCCCGACGGAAUGUUCUCUCGCCUGAGACUACUACCUAUCUCCUGGACGCUCCUGGAGCUCUCGCGACGCCUCAGGAAGCGUUUUGUCCGCUCCUGAACCUCUCUGACGACUCCUGGGCAUAUCACUAA